AAAAAAAUGAGAACCCAGUAACGAUGCGAGAAUUGUAAUAAUAUUUUCCCACAAAACCAGAUAAAAUGAGGUGGACAAUAUAUAUUUCUUGUGAGACGUAAGCAACAGUCUGCGAAGUUGUAAUCUGGAAGGUGAGAAACCCCAGCUGACGAAUUACCAGGCAGCAGCGGGCGAUACAAUUGCCCAGGCAGCAACGGUGCUACAAGUUCCCAGGCAGCAGAGGGUAACGCAAGCUCACGACUGCAGCAAACAACAGAACAGGCUCUCACGUCCAGUCAAACAACGACCAGCCAAUACCAGGAGACAAAGGUACCGCUACCAGAGUGUCCUACAGACCUCAACACUCCUGACACUACACCAGCGACACCUGUCAGACGUCACCUCCAACUGAGGCCUUCCUAGAGCGGCGACCACUGUCAGCGGAAACUUUCUGAUGAUACCACCGCCUGAGACUAUCAUGUUUGUGUCAGCACUGCUGGUCAGCAGCCUCCUGACACUGGUGGUUCCCGGUGGAGCCUCGUGCCCUACACCCUUCUUCAUGAUCCGGGAGGGCUGUUACUACUACAUGGCGCCCAGCGACUUCAGGUGGGAGGAUGCGCGGACGUUCUGCAGGAGCCUCCUGCCAGAGGAAAACUCCGACCUGGCCGUCAUGGACUACUACUGCGAUGACUUUAUGCAUAUAGCCAACUACGCUGCGAUCAGUGAGAGGGGAGGCUGUAUGGCGGACAGUGGCGGCGGUGGCGGAUAGUGGCGGCGGUG